CAGAUGAAACAUUUCAAAACAAAGCACGCCGAUGUAUUAAAAAAAUUGCGUAAAUUAUUAGUUAUAAUUAACGUUCUUAUUGUAAAAUUUUGAAUACGUUAUUAGUGUUUUAAGUUGUCUAUAUUAAGUAAGUAAGUUAUCGUCCACGACAAAGCUGCCAGUUCAUUCAAUAUGGAAGAAGGUCUGAAAAAUCUGAAAAUACUUAAACAAGGAGCAGAAGCUAAGUUGUACAUUUGUAACUAUCUUGGAAAACCAACGUUAAUCAAAGAGAGAUUCAAAAAGAAGUAUCGUCAUCCAGAUUUAGACGAACACAUAACCAAAGAUCGUAUUAAAAACGAGGCGCGUUCCAUAGUCCGUUGUAAAGCGUUCGGUGUUCGAACUCCAGCAUUAUAUUUGGUGGAUUUCCACAGAUCACGAAUAUACAUGGAACAUUUAGAAAAAAGUAUAACAGUAAAAGAUUUUAUCAUAAAACAUGUUACAGAUGAUACAAAAGCGAAAUUAGACACAGUGACAGAAAUGAUUGGACAAAAUGUGAGGAAAUUACACGAAAAUAAUAUCAUACAUGGAGAUUUGACAACUUCAAACAUGUUGCUUAUUCCUAAAUCCGGGAAUGAGGAGGAGGACUGGCUACAAGGAGAUUUAGACCUGGUGAUGAUAGACUUUGGCCUGUCCUACAUUGGAGCUAGUCCUGAGGAUAAGGGAGUAGACCUUUAUGUCCUCGAAAGGGCAAUAAUAAGCACUCACAAUGAUUACCCAGAUUUAUUUAAAGCUAUUUUAGAAGCUUACAAGAAGCAGUCUAAGAAAAAAAUUGAAGAAACUAUUAGCAAGUUUGAAGAAGUUAGAGCUAGGGGAAGAAAGAGGACUAUGGUUGGAUAGUUUUAAGUA